AUGGCCCGCGCCCCCCCAUCAGAACAGCGAGAGCCAACUUCCAACGGUCAGGCGGGGUGGAUUGACUUUAACGAUGUAGCCGCAAUAAAUCCAGAGCUCUUACAGCUCCCUUCCGUUCCCGCGCAUUUGAAAGGCAGCUUGCCCCUGCAGGAGAAUGUAACGGUGCAGCGAGGGCUCACCGAGUCCCUCUCUUACCAGAAGCAGAAACGCCGGACGACCUUCUCCAAAAUUCCUGCUCCAAAAGAAGCUCUGCGCAGCCGCUCGACCCGCCUGACCGCCAUCUCCGAGACGCCGGUGACCGCCCAAGAGAACGACGUGGAAGUGGACCCCGCUGGUCCUAGCAAUCCCAAAAAUCCGUUCAUCGCCGGGACCGGCCGCAACCCCUCCCCGCUCCGGGAAUGGCGGAGGACGCCCUGGGCUGGCCGUCCCCGAGGCGGCGGAAAGAGCACGCGAUGCCCUCGGUCCGGGGCAGCGUCCUCCAUGAUUUCCGUCAACUACAGGGAAAAGACCGAGAGACACAAAGUAGCGGGUGGCGAGGAGGGUGGGGUCGGGGCGAACCGCCGGGACCGGGAAAGCUCCACCGGCGGGGGCUGGCUGCAGAGCGAGGUUAGAAGGAAGUCCUGUAUUGUGAAGGAAAUGGAAAAAAUGAAGAGCAAACGAGAAGAAAAGAGGGCCCAGAACUCCGAGAUGAGGAUCAAGCGGGCCCAGGAAUACGACACCAGCGUUCCAAACUGGGAGUUUGGCCGAAUGAUAAAGGAGUUUCGAUCAACUCUGGAUUGUCAGCAGCUCACCAUGACCGACCCCAUAGAAGAGCACAGGAUCUGCGUCUGCGUGAGGAAACGGCCUCUGAACAAGCAAGAACUGGCCAAGAAGGAACUGGACGUGAUCUCCAUCCCCAGCAAAUGCGUCCUCCUGGUGCACGAACCCAAGCUCAAAGUCGACCUGACCAAGUACCUGGAGAACCAGGCCUUCCGAUUUGACUUCGCCUUCGACGACUUCGCCUCCAACGAGGUGGUCUACAGGUUCACAGCAAGGCCGCUGGUCCAUACCAUCUUCGAGGCAGGCAAGGCGACCUGUUUUGCGUACGGCCAGACGGGAAGCGGCAAAACCCACACUAUGGGCGGAGACUUUUCUGGAAAAAAUCAGAAUGCAUCUAAGGGAAUCUAUGCAUUCGCAUCCCGGGACGUCUUCCUCCUGAGGAGCCAGCCGCGAUACAAGGCCUUGGGACUGGACGUCUACGUGACCUUCUUUGAGAUCUACAACGGGAAGCUGUUCGACCUCUUGAACAAGAAGGCCAAGCUCCGGGUCCUGGAGGACGGCAAGCAGCAGGUCCAGGUGGUGGGGCUGCAGGAGCACCUGGUGAACUCGGCAGACGAUGUCAUCAGGAUGAUCGAGGCGGGCAGCGCCUGCAGAACCUCGGGGCAGACCUUCGCCAACUCCAGCUCUUCCCGCUCGCACGCCUGCUUCCAGAUCCUGCUCCGGGCCAAGGGGAAGCUGCACGGCAAGUUCUCCCUGGUAGAUCUGGCCGGGAACGAGCGAGGGGCUGACACGUCCAGCGCCAACCGCCAGACCCGCAUGGAGGGUGCCGAGAUCAACAAGAGCCUCUUGGCCUUAAAGGAAUGCAUCCGGGCUCUGGGCCAGAACAAGUCCCACACCCCGUUCCGCGAGAGCAAGCUGACCCAGGUGCUGCGUGACUCCUUCAUCGGCGAGAACUCCCGGACCUGCAUGAUCGCGAUGAUCUCUCCCGGCAUGAGCUCCUGCGAAUACACCCUGAACACCCUGAGAUACGCAGACAGAGUCAAAGAGCUGAGCCCCCACAACGGCGGGAGCGGCGAGCUGCAGAACCGCAUGGAGCUGGAAGGGGAGGAAGCCGAACCCACCCCCCAGGGGUCCCCGCUUCAGCAUAACCUCUCCAAGGAAGAGGAGGAACUGUCUUGUCAGAUGUCCAGCUUCCACGACGCCAUGACCCAGAUCGGAGAGCUCGAAGAGAAGGCCGUGGAGGAGCUCAAAGAGAUCGUCCAGAGAGGGCCCACCUGGAUCGAACUGUCGGCCAUGACCGAGCAGCCCGACUACGAUCUGGAAACCUUUGUGAGCAAAGCCGAGCUGGCCCUGGCCGAACAAGCGAGGAACUUCUCCGUCCUGCGAGAUGUCAUCGGGUCCUUGCGUCUGGCCAUGCACUUGGAAGAACAGGCCAGCAAGCAAAUGAACAAUAAGAAGAGACCUCACUAA